GUUCUUCCGUGAGGACUUUGUUUGAGCAUGACCAGGCAUCACAGGAUCGUCGUGCGCUUGUUUGGAUCCCUGUCCACAUUGCCCGCCGCUCCUGUGGUGCCCAAAGGAAAGAAGAUGAAACGAAGGAAUGCUGCGGAAGAACAAGCCAGGAAGAAAGCACCUGAUUCGAAAGCAAACAAAAGAAAGGAGCUGGAGAAGAAGGAGAUCUCCAAAGUUGCAAAGCCCAGCCAGGAGAAGAAGGAGAUCUCCAAAGUUGCAAAACCCAGCAGCACUUCCCGACGACCAGGCAAGGAUGAUCUCAAGCAACUCAACAUGACUGUGGAGCAAUACCAGCAUCGAAUGUCCUCCUUGAGAGAUUGUGCAAGCAAGGGAGAUCUGGAGGGAGGAAGCCAGCUCCACCAGCAAGAACUCUCAGAACCAGGUGUGGAUUCUCACGUUCUAAUCGCUACGCAGCUGAUCGACAUGUAUGGCAAAUGCAGGGACACCGAGCAGGCCUAUGCCGUGUUUGAGAGAAUGGAGAGCAAGGACGUGAUCGCCUGGAACUUCAUGCUGGGAGCUCUGGUGCUGCGCUCCAAGGACAAGCUCCUCCCUCACGGCUUCCAAAGAGUGGAGUUUGGACUCGAGACUCUUCGACUCUUCCGGAGGAUGCUGCUCCAUGGCCAAGAACCAAACGCCGUCACCUUCACUCACGCGGUGAAUGCCUGUGCCAGCGUCGCGGCUCUCAGCCUCCAGAAGAGGAGUGUCAAAGCCGGGCGGCUUCUCCACGAGCUGGCCGCGUCUCGGGGCUACGCCACCCGCGAUACCAUCCUGGGGAACGCUCUCAUCGCGAUGUACUACGCCUUCGACCAGCUCGACGCGGCCGCCAGAGUCUUCCAGGCCAUGGCCUGCAAGAGCAGCGUGACUUGGACGCAGCUCAUCGUCGCGUUCACUCGAAGUGGAGCUCCGGUGGAAGGAGUGGUGCUCCACCGGAUGAUGCAGCUCGAGGGCGGCGUCCAGGAUCGAGCGAGCUUGGUGGCUGCUCUCGACGCUUGCGCAAACUCGGCGGAGCUGCUCUACGGGAGUGUGAUCUACCAGCAGGUCCGGCUGGCGGGACUGGAGUCGGAUGUUUGUGCCGGGACCGCGGUGGUUCACAUGUACGCGAUGUGCAACCGGAUGGAGACGGCCACCCGGCUCUUCGAGAGGAUCCCCGCCAAGAACGCCUACACUUGGAACUCGAUCAUCACGGCCUACGCCAGGCGCGGUGACUCGUACGAGGCCCUCCACUUCUUCGAGCGGAUGGUGCAAGACGGGACCUCGCCCGACAAGUUUACGAUCGUGGCAGCCAUCGACGCUUGCGCCGGUCUCGUGGCUCUCGAGUAUGGAUCCCGGGUGCUCGAGCUCGCGAAGUCGGCAAUCCAAGUCAAGGACGUUCUGGAGCUGGCGCUCGCCAACUUCUACGGCAAGUGCAUGCUCUUGGAGGUUGCCAGGGACAAGAUUGAGGGGAUGGCGUACAAGACAACGACGAGGUACACGACGCUCAUCUCGGCAUUUGCCGAUCACGGCUUUGUCACUGGAGCUGCGGAGCUGUAUCACAGCUUGAACUUGGAAGGAUUGCUACCUCAUGCUGAGACCUUCACCGCGCUCCUCGCGGGCUCAAGCCACAAAGGGAGGCUCGGAGAGUGCCGGAGCUUGUACCACUCGAUGAUCACCGACUUUAACAUCCGGCCUCGAGUGGAGCACCUGAGAAUGGUGAUGCAGCUGCUGGGACGGCAAGGCCGAGUCGCCAAGGUGGAGGAUCUCGUCAAUCACUCGCCGUUUCAUCCAGGGCGGCUCGACUGGCUGAGCUUGCUGACGGCCAGCGAAGUUCACAAGGAUCUCCCGCGAGCAAGGAGAGCGGCGAGGGAGAUGCUCAAGCUGGAUAGCAAGGACCACCUCCCCUACGAGAUCCUUGCAAACAUGUACGUGGAGGAAGGGAUGCGUGCCAAGGCCGAGGAGAUGAUCGCCAAGAUGAGGCGGUACAAGCAGCGGCAGUCGAGCUUCAUCGAGAUCCACGGCAAAGUUUACAGGUUUCUCGAAGGCCACUCGAGGAAGAAGCACGCCAUGUCUCGCAAGCUCGAGAGGUUCCUGGAGCGAAUGCGGUUGAGGAUGACGAGCGUUGGCUACAUUUUCAAGGCUAGCAGCGAGGGAUUGAUCAGAGGGAAGGUGGAAGCCGAGAGACACCACAGCGAGAGGCUGGCUGUGGCGUUUGGUGUGAUCAAACUACCUCGGGACGCGAUGAUGCGCAUUUGUAGCAAGCACCGGAUGUGUGCUGACUGCCAUGCCGUGAUCAAGUACGUGUCCAUGCUGUUCCAGCGAAAGAUCAGUGUGAGAGAUGGGAGCCGGGCUCAUCUCUUUGAAGAUGGCCUGUGCUCGUGCAGAGACUACUGGUAGCAGGGCACGAUUUAAAGAGCACGGUGUAGGGACUCUCAAUUUGACAGGCAUAAGCUGAGGCAAAGAGCAAUCCAAGUCCUUUGCGGUAUUUUGCAGGAAGUUCACUGUAAGAGCUCCUGCUUGUCGAUCGACCUCGUUCCCUGGGAAAUCAUUCAAGAUGGUCAUUCUGCAGCAGUAUCAUGAGAUGAAUCUUCACUACCUUCAGUUUGCUGUGGGCCAUACUGGAAUCCAGUCCCAGCAUCCAGAAGCAUGUGUUGACGUUGUUGAUGUGACUUGAACCAAAGAACAGUAGUUGAUGAAGUUCGCAUCA